GUCAAAAUAUAUCAGAAUUUGGAAGGAAUUUCCAUAUCAGCCCGAUCGCAGGCCAUCACCUCAUUUUCGAGCUGCAAUCUCAGUAAGAUCGUGCCAAGAAAAUCUGCUCUACCCUUAAUUCAAAAAUUGAAAUGAGAGCUUCAUCUUCUUCAAUUCGAGCAUUAGGCACUAUUCUUCAUAGAUUCGCAACUGCAACAACCACAGCUUUAUUCAAAUCCCAUUUUUCUUCCGUUCCUUCUCCUUACUCUUAUCAUUCAAGGUAUGGUAGGAUUUGGAAAAGAUUCUCAUCAGCUUCUCCAUCAUCAUCAAAUUUGUGGAAUUCACAAUUACAUUUAUAUAAUGAAUAUUAUGAACCAUGUUCUUCUGUAAGAAAGAUUUGGACUUUCUCUCCUCUUUGCAUGGGUAGGCGCGCCUGCAAAAUUGCCGACAGAAAGGGGGCUCAAAAUCUAAAGAAGAUGAAGCUGUAUUCAAAGAUUGGUAAGGAAGUUGUAUCUGCUGUGAAAAAAGGAGGUACAAAUCCUGUAUCUAAUACUGUUCUGGCUGGUGUGAUUGAGAAGGCUAAGGAGCUUGAUGUCCCCAGGGAGAUUGUUGAGCGCAAUAUUAAGAAAGCCUCUGAUAAGGGACAAGAGGCUUUUAUUGAAAAAGCCUACGAGGUAUAUGGUUUUGGUGGCGUUGGCUUCGUUGUUGAGGUCUCAACAGAUAAGGUAAACAGAUCAGUAGCCGCAAUUAGGGAGGUGGUGAAAGACUGUGGUGGAAAGAUGGCAGAUUCGGGCUCUGUUGUAUUUAGGUUUAGGCGUGCUAGGAUUGUAAAUGUGAAAGUCAGUGACGCUGACAAAGACCAGCUUCUUGAAAUUGCCUUGGAUGCUGGUGCUGAGGAUGUGAUAGAACCUCCAGAUAACGAAGAUGACUCUGAAGAAGAUCAGUCUGAGAGGUGCUACAAAAUUGUAAGUUCACCAGAAGGUUACUCUGGUAUACUAUCAAAGCUUCGUGACGAAGGAAUAAGUUUUGAGCCUGAUAGUGGAUAUGAGCUACUUCCAAUAACCCCUAUUGAGGUAGAUGAUGAAGCUAUGGCAUUAAACAAGGAACUGAUGUCGGAAUUGCUCGCACUCAAUGAUGUUGAUGCUGUUUAUAUGGAUCAGAAAUAAGCCCUCCCCUAAACUCAUGGUAUGGGCACAUGCUAUAAUAAACUUUUCGUUUCACUUUAUUAUCGAGGCUUUUACGAUGGUUGAUUCGAAGAGAUCAGAUUCGAGAAGAGUUGUCUUCAUUUGGCAAAAUGUAUUUUUCUCACAAUUUUGUUGCUGCUACUAUCUGGUUUGGUAUAGUAGAUCAGAGUUCAGUCACACUACACAGGUGAUCGUCGUCAAUAAUAUAUUUGAAAAUUUGUUGACAUGUUUCAUCAAAUGUAGCUAUAUAGUGUUGACUAGACAUGUCAUAUUUUGACUCUACUCGUAAGUGAUCCAAAAUUCGAUUACAAAUUUUUGUAUGAAGCGGUUUUACUGUGAGAUGUUGGGUUGAAUAGCCCAACUAAUAUAAUUAUUAACAUAUGAGUUUCUUGUUUUGUGGUCAUCUCACCGAGAAACGAUCUCUUAUAAGAGUAACUCAUAUUCGAUUGAAUCCUAGAGCUUUUUUUACUCUGUGUGGCUGUCAUAGUCUCAAUUUGGUCUUCAUUGAAAGUACUUCAGACAAAGCAAGAAACUUCUUUGGCAUUGUCCAAAGUAUUUACACUAUAUUUUCCAAAUCUACAAAAAGAUGGACUAUUUUGAACGAACAUGUGAAAAUUUUGACAUAAAUCAUUGUCAACCACACGAUGGGAAAGUAGAUUUGUUGUCUUAGAAAAGGUGAGGAAUUCGACAUUGAUAGAAAUGAUUUAUUUGUGGAGUUAAUGUUGCUUAAUUAGAGAGCUUUUACCUAAGAAAAUUGGAGCAAUUCACAUAUUACAAUUUAUGAAACCUUUUCCUUUUUUUCCAAAUGCAAU